AUGCUGAAUGCACUUAGAAACUCUAACCUGACCCUUGUUGUUUUGAUUUGCUUUGUGCUGAUAGCUUCAAAGCUGUGUUCCGUCAAUUCAUCAGUGUACAACCCACACAACAUUCUGAAGAAGCAGUUCGGGAAGUGGCUUCAGCACCACGGAAAAUCAUAUAGAGGAAAGGAUGAGUGGAUGUUCAGGUUUGGGAUAUACCAGUCUAAUAUCCAGUGGAUUGACUACAUCAACUCCCUCCACAUGCCCUUUAAGUUAGCGGAGAACAGAUUUGCGGACAUGACCAACUCUGAGUUUAAGGCACAUUUCCUCGGGUUGAACACGUCUUCCUUGAAGUUAGACAGCAACCCUAUGCCGGCGAAUUGUGACCCAUCAGGUAAUGUACCAGCAGCUGUGGACUGGAGGAAAGAAGGCGCUGUUACUCCUAUUAGAAAUCAAGGAAGAUGCGGAGGUUGUUGGGCUUUCGCUACAGUUUCAGCUAUUGAAGGCAUCAACAAGAUUAAAACAGGGAAUUUAAUUUCUCUUUCAGAACAACAACUCAUAGAUUGUGACACCGGAAGUUACAACAAAGGUUGUAGCGGUGGAUUAAUGGAAACAGCCUAUGAAUACCUCGUAGCCAAUGGUGGACUGGUCGCCCUGGAGGACUACCCAUACACAGCCACAGAUGGUACCGGCUGCGACCAAGAAAAAUCUCAAAAUAAGAUAGUUACGAUUAAAGGAUACCAAAAGGUAGCACAAAACGAGGCGAGUCUAGAAGUCGCUACUGCUCAACAACCAGUAUCAGUUGGAAUCGACGCUGAUGGAUUUAUCUUUCAGUUCUACUCUUCUGGUGUUUUCACAGGUUACUGUGGAUCAAGUCUUAACCAUGCAGUGACUGUUGUUGGAUAUGGAGAAGAAGACGGUGAAAAGUAUUGGAUCGUAAAGAAUACAUGGGGAACUGGUUGGGGUGAAGAAGGCUACAUACGGAUGGAACGUGGUUAUCGUAAAGAAACGGGUAAAUGUGGUAUUGCUAUGCUUGCAAGCUAUCCUCUGCAGUGA